AUGCCUCCCACUCUAGCCAGGCCAACGGCUGACUCCCCUACUAAGCCUCUCCUCCACUCUACUCUUGCAGCCCAGAAUCUGCUUGUGUCCCUGGUCCUGGUCCAGCUGGCCCAGCCCGACCCCAAUCCCAGUGCUGCUACCAUCUCUCAGACCUACAACCUGGCCCGGCUGCUGCAGGCCAACACCACGAAGCUGCUCAACACCUACCUGAGCACCCAGGGCUCCCCGUUCAGUGACCCCGGUUUCAGCGCCCUGGGGCUGCGGUGGGCGGGGGUGCCGGUGGCCACCUUCCCAUUCCUGGCCUGGCGCAGCAUGGGCGACUCGGAGCGGCUGGCGCGGAACUACGGGGCCUAUGCCACCUUUGACGUCUUCCUGCAGCUGGUGUGGGACGACCAAGACGAGUUGUGCCCCGACUGCUCUGAGCUGCUGACCAUGCUGGGCACUGCCCGGGCCCGGACUCGAGGUCUCCUGGCCAACCUGACCUCCAUUAUGGCUGCCAUGGGCAUCCCGACGCCCCCGGCCACAGACCCCUUGACCUCAGAGGCAGCUGAGGUGGGUGCAUUUGAGAAGAAGUGCCGGGGCUACGUGGUAUGCCGGGAGUACCAUGGCUGGGUUGACCGGACUGUGCGCGACUUCACCCUGCUCAAGGCCAAGUACCCGGCCUAG